AUGGAAGGGUUUGACCACGUUCAUGGACAAGACGUGAUCGACGCAGUCGAUCAGCACCCUUUAGGUUCCGCAGGCCGAAAGCUUUUGGAAGACGACGACCACGGCAAGGGAGGCAAGCAGCACAUCCAACAACCUCAAGUUCACGACUAUGGAUCUACCAAGACACCCGAUGACGCCCCAGUUGGAAGUCUUCGGGAUAAAUGGAGAUUGCUUCCGUACUUUCUAAGACUACGAUCGCUUCUCCGCCAGCACAUUGACUCCUUCGACCAUUUUGUCGAUGUCGAAAUGCAGCAAAUUGUCCAAAGUCCUUCGGCGUGCGAGAUUCGUUCCGAACACGAUCCAAAAUUUUAUUUGCGUUAUGAGGCUUGCUGGGUCGGAGAACCCUCUGUGGAGGAAGAUUCUUAUUCGGUGAAAUCCGCCACGCCCUUCCAAUGCCGACUUCGCGACUGUACUUACUCGGCACCUAUCUACGUCAACGUUCGCUACACCCGGGGACGGCAGAUUGUCGUCAAAAGAAAGGUCAUGAUUGGGCGAAUGCCAAUCAUGUUGCGCUCCAAGAAAUGUCUUCUCCGGGACAGGUCGGAAGACGAUCUGGCGGGUAUGAAGGAAUGCCCUUACGAUCCUGGCGGCUACUUCGUUAUUAAGGGCGUGGAGAAGGUAAUACUUAUUCAGGAGCAAUUGUCCAAGAAUCGAGUCAUCUUAGAAGAAGACAAUAAAGGUAUCAUGGCGUCGAUCACGUCCUCCACCCAUGAAAGGAAAUCGAAGGCCUAUAUUCUGAUUAAGAACGGCCGCGUGUAUCUUAAAAACAAUACUCUCGGCGACGAUAUUCCAGUUGCUGUUGUACUGAAGGCAAUGGGCAUAGAGUCUGAUUUGGAGCUUGUGCAGCUUGUUGGUAGCGAGUCACCGAUCAUCAACGCACUGGCCCUUUCGCUGGAAGAGCCUAGCCGUCUCGGUAUACACACACAAGCUCAGGCACUACGUUUCAUUGGUGCCAAAAUUCGUGGCCGAUCGGGGCCCAGUGGGCCAAGCAGUAGCUAUAGAAAGAAUGUGUCUCCCGAAGACGAGGCGAGAGAGGUGCUGGCGAACGUUGUACUGAGCCACGUUCCCGUUACACAUUUUGAUUUUCGUGAGAAGGCUCUCUAUAUUGGCCAUAUUGUUCGGCGAGUAUUGUUGGUACAUCUUGGCAAGAUGCCGUUGGAUGACAAGGAUUACUACGGAAACAAACGCCUCGAACUAGCUGGAAAUCUAUUGAGCUUACUUUUUGAGGAUUUGUUCAAGAUUUUCAACAAAGAUUUGAAGCGACAGGCCGAUCUCGUCCUGUCAAAGCCAAAUCGCACACAAGCCUUUGAUGUUGUCAAAACGAUUCGCCCUGAUACAAUAACAAACGGAAUGAUCAACGCUAUUGCAACAGGAAAUUGGGUGUUAAAGCGAUUUCGUAUGGACCGAGCCGGGGUCACGCAAGUUCUGUCUCGUCUUUCGUAUAUGUCUGCCCUUGGCAUGAUGACCCGAAUCAACAGCCAAUUUGAGAAAACUCGGAAAGUGAGCGGCCCGAGAUCAUUGCAGCCUUCGCAAUGGGGUAUGUUGUGUCCCGCAGAUACUCCCGAAGGUGAAGCCUGCGGUUUGGUGAAAAAUUUGGCGUUGCUUGGACACAUUACAACCGAUGAAGCUGACACAAGACCUAUUGAACGGAUUUGCAGAGACCUUGGAGUUGAAGACGUCAAGCGGAUGACGGGCCACGAAAUUAAUUCGCACCAAGCCUUUCUAGUGUUUUUGAACGGACUGAUACUAGGGGUGCACACUCGGCCGAGAGAACUUGUUCGGAACCUCCGAAAGAUGCGACGUAGAGGGCUGGCGGGAGAGUUUGUCUCCGUCUAUCUCCACGACGAACAGUGCGCGGUUCACAUCGCCACUGAUGGUGGUAGAGUUUGCCGGCCACUUUUGAUCGUGGACGAAGAAACUGGCCUACCCAAACUACAACAAAUUCAUAUGGAAUCGUUGGCAUUGGGUACGAUGGACAUCACCGACUUGAUGCGGCAAGGAAUCGUUGAAUAUGUAGACUGCAACGAAGAAAAUAACACGCUGAUCGCGGUCACAGAACGUGAUUUGGAAGUCGCUAUCUUGCACGGGUUGGAAACGCGUAAAAUGCGUUAUACACAUUUGGAGGUAGAUCCAUUCACCAUUUUGGGUGUCGUUGGGGGGAUCAUUCCGUUUCCGCACCACAACCAGUCUCCGCGAAACACCUAUACUGUUGCUAUGGCAAAACAGGCUAUGGGUUCUGUGUCAAUGAACCAAUACGAACGAAUGGACGGUCUUAUCUAUACCCUAAUUUAUCCACAAAAACCAAUGGUGAAAAGUAGAACCCUGGAUUUGGUAAAUUUCGACAAUAUACCAGGUGGUCAUAACGCGUGCAUUGCCGUGAUGAGUUACAGUGGCUAUGAUAUUGAAGAUGCAAUCAUUCUGAACAAGGCAGCAGUUGAUCGAGGGUUUGGGCGUUGUAUGGUUCUUCGAAAACACCAAACAAGUGUUCGGCGCUACGCCAAUGGAACUAUGGACCGGACUUGUGCUCCUCCUGAUCCAGGUAGUUUUCCGGAUGGCGAAGACGAUAAGCGUUUCGCUCGAUACAUGGCAAUUGACAAAGAUGGAAUUUGCCGAGUCGGGGAAAAGAUUGAAAAUGGCUCAGUAAUGGUUAACAAGGAAUCCCCUGCAGACACCACUAGCAAUAUGGCUGGCGUCGAUUUCGGAUUUAACAGCGGCAUGUCGAUGGCCCACUUGAAUUACAAACCCUCUGGAGUAUCUUAUCGCGGAAGUGCGUCUACCUAUGUCGAUAAAGUGCUGAUAACAUCAAACGAAAACGAGCAAUUUCUGAUCAAAGUUAUGCUUCGUCAAGUUCGCCGGCCAGAAAUCGGGGAUAAAUUUGCUUCACGGCAUGGGCAAAAAGGAGUCUGUGGUUUAAUUGUACCGGAAGAAGACCUUCCUUUCAACGAAUUUGGGCACGUCCCCGAUCUAAUAAUGAACCCACAUGGCUUUCCUUCUCGGAUGACUGUCGGGAAGCUUUUAGAGCUUUUGGUAGGAAAGGCAGGCCUGUACGAAGGUCGUCAAGGAUAUUCCUCGGCUUUCGGAGAGGAAUUUGGUUCUGCUGACACUGCACAAUCUGCGUCGGAGGCUUUGCUGAGAAAUGGUCUCAACUAUACCGGUAAAGAUAUUCUCUAUAGUGGCACUAACGGCGAGCCAUUGGAUGCAUACAUUUUCUCCGGCCCCGUGUUUUAUCAAAAGCUCAAGCACAUGGUUUUGGACAAGGCACAUGCGCGGGCCCGGGGUCCUCGCGCCGUGCUAACACGUCAGCCGACAGAAGGUAGAUCUCGUGAUGGUGGGUUGCGUUUGGGUGAAAUGGAACGCGAUUGUUUAAUUGCGUAUGGAGUAUCAAACUUGAUCAUGGAGCGCCUUAUGCAUUCUUCGGAUGCCUUCAGUGCCAACGUUUGCCUCACUUGUGGGCUACUACAAUACGAAGGUUGGUGUCAAUACUGCCGGUCCGGCGAAAAAGUGGCUGAUAUCCGUUUACCCUAUGCUUGUAAGCUUCUAUUCCAGGAGCUCCAAUCGAUGAAUGUCUUACCUCGUCUCCGACUGCAAGAUAAAUGAAUACGCUGCCAAUUGCCGUCGGGGAAGGUAGUGUUUACUGUUAAUUGUGUUGGUGUUGACCGUGAUAAAUAAUAGGUGGGCACAAUCGGACAGUAACCCCUUAUUCAAAAUUCACUGUCACGUCAUCUGUUUCCUGUCUGUUAUGCCAGCAAAUCGGUUUUUCAAAAAAAGGAAUAUCCUAGACGACAAAUAAUUUAUGUUUCUUAUAAAUUU